GUAAAAGACCUUCGCCAUGGCAUUUGUAAUCCGUGGAGCGUGUCUAGCGUGCUUGUUGCUCACAGUUGUAGUAUUCACCGCAUGCGAGAACCAACAAAGAGACGAAAGACUUCAUAAUUCAAUAGCAGUUGUAGGAAGAAUAUUUGUGUAUACUUUGGCAGAAGAGGGACUAGACAAACAAGGCCAGUACGAGGUGAGUUUGUAACGACGUUUCUCUUGCGAAGGUACAAAAUGAAUUGAGCACAAGUUUUUAUUAUCGGUACAAAUAGCUUCUUAGUCACUUUCAUAAGGCUUGAUACUAUUUAACAUUGUUCUUUAUAGUAUUUUGUGACGUUCUUUAUGUUUUCUGAUUAACACUGAAAUAAAUUUCUAUUCUAAUGAUUACGCGGGUAAUGUUUUCGGCGGACGUCCUUCACCGAACAAUCAAACUUAUAAUCUCUGUUUAGCAUUUGUAUUGCUCAUUUAACAUCUGCGUGUUUGUGAAUGCAAAUAUUUCAAGACAUUUUUAAAUAAGCAAGUGAAUGACGUCCCUUUAUGAGAACACAGCACGCACGUUGAACUUGGCCAACGUGGUUUCCAACGUACCAAAGAAAAUUCCUCAUCAAGGACGCAUGUGAUCUGUAUUAAGCCCUGUCACAUUUUACACUCUCGUGCGCUCUCGCGUGCGCUAUUUUUUUUUUCUAAAACAUUUUUGCCAAUGCAGUUUAGCUCGAAACUUUGUAAGUUUUGCCAUAUUUGAAAACGAUUUCUGUAUCACGCUCUUUGUUGUGGUUUCAUGGCGGUGAAGAAUUAGGGUGUUGUAUGAAGAAAUUAAAACCCGCUGAAGUGUCAAAUGGACAGAAUGCAUGAGACAUACCGGUCAUAACGAAAAAAAUUCUUUCAAAACCGCGCUAUGUGAUUCCCUGUUUAUCGCUGCUAUUUAUCAGUUUAUCUGUGAUUUCUCUGGCAAGACAGGAAAGUUGUUCUACAACCUGUUUGCUAGUUGACUGAACAAAUAUGUUGGGUUUCGGUUUCGCAACGGACAGUUCUCGUUUGUCUGCGCAUUAACAUGUGACGUCUGGCGUAUUUUGCUGAUAUGAUUUCCGGACUUCAACUCUAUCUCAAUAUAUCACCCUAACUGCUUUUGCUCCACCUCAAAAACAAAACAUUGAUGGGAUGUUCUAGAUGAUUUGUUUUUGCUGUUUUAGUUGAAUUGAAAGUUAAAUAAAUCUAUUUACCGUAUGUAAAGGAUGGUUUGAUAUCUCUCUCAGUCAUGAUAGCCUGCCGUUUUCGAAACAGUUGCUGCCAAGCCGGGUUUGAACCAUCACGCGAUCGGCUGGCCGGGCCAUGAAAAUCUCGCUUACUUGACACACUCGAAAAGUGCGUACAAUUUGCUUGAAGUAGCAAUUGUAAUUGCUAUUGCAUUAUUGUCAUAAGUAAUAUGUACUAGAAACUACCAGGUGUUUAAGACAUGCCUUUUUUGGCAAUCACCACCUGCUUUCCAGUGGCUUGAAAAGGACGGGGAAAUUAUUUGCAGUACUGUUCGUAUUAGACCACAAGUGACCUUAAGAGAACAUAAUAUCGGAAAGGCGUGAUUGUGCGUAUGUCUAUAAAUCUUUUGGGCAAUUCCAAAGUUUGUCCGCAUCUUUCUAUAUCUUCUGCCUCAACAAAUGCUUGGAAAAGUGAUAAAUCCAAUUACUGCAAGGUCUGCACUUUUUUAAGAAUGUUAUUGUUAGUGAUCGGAAAUAUCAUUAGCUGGAAAUGAAGAGAGGGGAGACUGGAAAAACUACUUCAUUCCUUACUUUCCGAGUUUCUCGCUCCUCUAGCUAAAUCUCCUGAAAAUUUCUGACUUUUCGAGUGAAAGUCAAGUAAAUCUUCUGCUUACUUGACCCUUUUGAAGCAACGUUUUCAGGGAAUCCUGACAAAAUCUAAUACGUGAGGUCAGGCUUGUUUUGACUGUAAGUCCUCGGUUUUAACGGAAGUGAAUCUUCUAAUGGGAUUGAGCUAUAAUCGGCCCACAAAAAAACACUCAAAACCGCGAGCUUGCUGACAGAGCUUUUCUAUCCCUUUGUUGCUGUUGGGUGAGGUUAAAUCUGUGAAAGACUGUCAAAUGAAAGCUUCUGAGCAGUAUUUUCCUCCGGUACAUUACUGUCAUACAAAGAAGAUAAUACUGGCAACAAUCUCUGUCGAAGAUUUCGUUUGGCCACUUGCCAGGGAGCGAUCGCGUAUGUAAAUUGGGGAGAUAAUUGACAAAUAGUAGGACUGUCAACCAGUUCAUUUCCAACCGGAAGUGAAUUUUCGGCAUUGCUCCAACUUGGCCGCUCUUAACUUUAAAAUUAGCCUUAAAUAUCUUAGUUUCGGGAAUGAAAAAUGGACGGAUCCAAAAGUGAGAGAGCGCAAAUCGGAUUACUGAGUGGAAUCCUGUACUGUAGCGGACCUCGGUAGAACGUGUAGAAGAAGGGAGGGGCCAGAAGGGGCAAAACGUGAAAGGAAGAUGGAAGAGAAAGGUUGUUUUUCACAACCUAUCUCUCCUCUUCCCUUUUUCUCCCUGCCACUAUUCAUUCUGUGUAAAAUUAGUUUCAACUGUACUGGCUGUAGACGAAUUCUUGUAGGGCAACCAUUGAACUUGCUUCCGCCACAAACUUCGGAGUACAGUAGAUCUACUUUCACAUUAUUUUACACAACAAAAUAUUAUAUUUUUCUGGCCUCAGUUAUUCAAAAGAUUGAUAGAGUUAUCCACCAGAUAAAUCACUUUCCACAGCUAACGAAACUGAUUUCUCUGACACUUAUCCACUGGAUAGCGAUUUAAGCGGUGGAUAGCGCUCUCCAACCUUUAAACAACGAGGCAUGAUUGUUAAUUUUCUCUGAAGCUUAGAAAUUGUUCUCGAAAACCGUUUCAAGGGAGUGGCUAAUGAAUCUAUUGAAAUUGUUUUUCUUCUCUUCACUACUUCCAGGUGUUUCAGAAACAACAGACAUCACUACCUCAAUGGCUGUCUUAUGAUGCAAAGAAAGCAUCUUUAACUGGUGUGCCUUCAUGGAGAGAUAGAGGAGAACUUUACCUAGAUUUUAAAGCUCAAGACGGAAGUAUUAAACAUUCUUUGAAAAUCGAUAUUAAAGACUUACGAGAUGGCGAUCUUCAGCCUUCAUCAGACUCAAACAAUACCAAGAUUCGUUCUUAUCCACAGCCAAAAUGUCCGAAUGGCUUGCCUGUUGCCGCAGCGUCCAUUAUAUUUGAUUACCACUUAGGGAAACUUUCUGGACAAGCGAGAGUAGAGAUCUUGAAUAAAGUCAGUGAUUUUGUUGACGUGGAUGUGAAAAAUCUUCACUUAUUGGCAGGUAAAGGACACAACACGGCUUUCGGUUUCAAGGAUGUGAUAACUGUUACUGCGGGACCAGGAAACGUGGCAGAUUCCAAGCAGCCUGGUGUGGUGGUGUCCUGGCAAAUCGGCUGUGGUAUUGAUAUACCUGGUAAGUUAAACUCCUCUCUCCAACUAGACGACUUCGAGGGAUUUUUAAAGGGGCUGUGUCACGACUAGUCUACGAGCCUUGAGGUACGGUAAAACGGGCAACCAAAAACGUGAAACUUGUUUUGCAACAUUGCUACGAACGAGAGGAAUAGUGAUAUUUCGCGUUUUGCCACCCACGAUGGAAAAUGAUGCAAAAUAAGUUUCACGUUUUUGUUGCCCGUUCUAUUGUAGCUUUAGUUCGUCGAGCGAAACGCUAGAGACACGAAAAUGACCACGCGCGUACCGCCCUCAUUUCUCGCGUCUCGCGGCUUCGUCGCUCGACGUUCUCGCGCGCGUGCACUCCCCUCACUAAAGAUGAAGAAAAAAAAAUGCUGCUCGCAGUCUUUGUCACGACUGUCUAGUUGAUUGGGUUAAUAUUACCAGUAACGCGUGUUAAUUCGCUUAGGAACUUCGAAGUUAUGUUAACGAGGAAUUUACUUGUUACUGACAAAAUCACGACUUCGUGCCAAGCAAACAACUCUCCAGAGCCAUCGUAAGAAACUGUUACAGACAGCAAAAAUGAACGUUGAAAAACUGUUAGGCCAACAAGUUUUCAAAAACCACAAUAAUAUCACAACCGAUCCGUUUUAAUCUUCAAGUUUGUCUAUCCGUGAAUUCUCUUGUAUUGGUAGCAGUUCUCCGUUUUCGAAAUUUGACAAAUUUCGUGACACAGCUCCUUUAAAGUCAGAUUAAAAAGAAAGUGUAACACAAUUACUAGUAACCAAGUAGUUUUUAUUAUGGGGCACAAAUAAGGACAGAAACAAACAUCUAAAAAUAAACUUGCCAAUGUUAACAAUUCCAACUGGCGGGAGACAAAGCAGCUGGUUAUUUACAAGUGAAAGAGAAGUUGCAUUCCGGACUAUCAAAAACAAAUCCAGCUUGCAGUGAGGGCGGACAUCGAACUCGGGGCCCCCAGACGGCAAUUUCAGUGCUCAAAUCGAGUUACUGGUAGCUAGUAAUCGGUCGGCAAACUAGAGCGAGUUGGAAAAGGUAAUAUCCAUCUCUCCAAAAUUUUAGAGAUCUAGCAAAUCAUGUUCUGUUCUUCAGGUUUGUUAUAAUUGGUGUUAAAAUGUUUAGAAGUACACCUUUCGUGCAUCCUUCGCUUUUAAACUGCAAAACCAAGCCUUUAUUGCGUGCAUGUGGCCAGUAUUCUGAAAUUAAAUGUUUUCUAACCUCGCGAGAAAUGCGCGACUAAUUACGUUCCUUUCUUUCUCCAGGGGCGCGCAUAGCUUCUUUUCUCAAAUCAAGCGCAGAGACUGGGGCCUUCAGUCAUGCGCUUGGGCUUCCUGUCACUGAAUGGCACAUUGCUGUGGGUCAUCCCAAAGAACCACGACAUCGAGCUCGCAGACAAGCUGUACAGGGAAAAGCCGCUAAGAUUACACAACAUUCCUCAAGGCGUAACGUAAGGGCGAUUCAGCCGACUCCCACACCUACCCUAACUGCUGCUCCGCCGACAUCCAUCAUUGCUAGUGUGACAAUUACUGUUACUAGAACAAGUUCGGUCGUUCCUACCUCUACUGUGACACCAACUACAACUCCGAUAGCACCAACGACUACAGAGGAGCCGACGAAGACCGAACAACCGACCACAACCGAGCAACCGACCACUACCCAACAGCCGACUACUACCCCGCAACCGACCACUACCGAAAAACCGACCACCAGCGAAGAACCGACGAUGACGAAAGAGUCGCCGACGACGGGAGAACCGACGACUACCGAACAGCCGACCACUACCGAACAACCGACUACUAAGACUUCAACCACGGCACCGUUACCAAGCACAACAGAGGAAGAGAGUUCAACACAAGCAGAGUCCUCAACCACUGAAGUGUCAAGAACAACAGUGAAGACAUCACAAGAGUCGUCUACAACUGAAGAGCCUAUAGACUCUUCUACAAGACCAACACCAUCGCCGGUAGCCGUGGAAACAGUUGUACCAAGCUCAACUGUUCCAAGCAACGCUUUCCCCACCGUAAAAAAUCCCAUCGACAUGUUGAAUGUUUAUCGAGGGCAAGGACUUAUAUUCCACAUACCCCACGAUACUUUUUACGACAAAGAAGAUAUGUUGACACCCAAUCUGACUCUAGUUUUGAGAACUGCAGGCGGAACUGAGCCCCUGCCGUCUUGGAUUGGCCUUGAUGCGGAAAAGCAAAUAAUUUAUGCUUUUCCUGUUGACAAAGACACGGUAAAACUUCACGAUUUUGUCCUUAUUGCUACUGACAGUAAGGGAGGUCAAGCUGUGGACGCGAUUGUGGUAAAGGUGUGGGACGACACAAAAUCUUAUAGUCACCAGUUCAAACUCACGUUGGAUUACAAUUUUAAAAAGUUUUCUAGCCACUUGAACAUCAGAAUGGAUCUUCUGAACAAACUUGCCAAGUAUUUCAACCUUAACGUGAGCAAUAUAAGGAUAAGGGAGUUCGUCGAAGGUUCGGUGAGAUUGAAGUUUCAGUUCGACACAGUUCCGGAAGACGAAUGCAAUUUUCCGUUGCGAGAACAAUUCGAAAAUGAUGACGGUGAUGUUAGUCCCAGUCUCAAGGAAGCGCUCUCACCUGAAUUCCCUGUCACAUCUGGGUCAUUUGAAGCCUUCGGACCGUGUGCGGGUGAUGUACCCGUUGUCGUAGGUGCAGCCACUGGCAGCACUUGGAAGACUUACGUCAUUAUCCCAGUAGUGAUCCUUGUUGUUGUACUCUUCGUUAUCGUUAUUGCUCUUUUCCUUGUGAUGCGAUCGCGUCGCAAGCGAAAGCUUUCGCUCGAAGACAAGAACGUGUUUGUAUUUCAGAAAAAGCCCGCUGUCCUGCAGGAAGAAUACGAGGUGAAAGAGAGGCUGCUGAAGCAACCGCUUGUCUUACCGAACGAGAAGCCGCCUCUUGCUCCUCCUAUAUAUCCAAGGAGUCCAUCACUGAGUCACGCCAGUGGUGACACACCCCUGACCGAGAGGACAGGGUACCAGGCUCCAACCUUCACUUCUUUCAAAACACCCAGCAACCAAGCAGGCCCCGGUGGCAAUACCCCUAGGAAACCAACUUACUCGGGUUAUCGAUUGCCUCCGGCUUACGUGCCGCCGUAAGAACGUACCACAUUUAGACUGUAUUUAGAAGGACUUUCUGAUUUUGGUCGUCAACAAAAUGUUAAAGAGCAGAACGUACAGAACUAACAGAAGAGACGCAUAACAUUUUAAAGGAAAAGACACGCUGUAAUCUCAGCAAAAUUGGGAUACUUAAUAAGGAAAUUUGCCUAAUUCUUCUUCUUGAGGUUUCAACCCUUGGAAACUGAUAUAUUUCGCAUGUAAGUCUGCAAGUCUUGCAGUUGAAACCAGCACUAUUGGAAGUUAUGUUCACUUUUUAACUUUUUUAAUUACGCUUCCUUAUAGGGACGGAUCUUUUAGGACUUAGGUGAAGCCCUCUUUCCUGACUGUAAUUUUUUGUGUCAUUUCUAUUUAAUAGUCUUACAAAGAUUGUUGCGGAAGUUGAGCUCUCGGUGUAAUAGUAAAAGGCACGCUUUCCUGUUUUGCUUUUCCGGAAACCGCCCCAGAUUUAAUUUGUAUAGAAUAUUUUUGUCAGCAACUGAAUUAAUGUCUAAAUGUAAUUACAGCUAGCUUUAAACUAUAGACUUUUGCCAAAUAACAUGCCAUACAAAAGAUAUCGACAGUAUCCAUGUCACGAACAAAUACACAUCGGUUAAAAGUAUGUACAUUUUGCUGAAAUGCCAACCUCAUGUUUAGAUGGAAAUCGAAUACAAACCCUCACACUCCCCAUCCGAUGAUUUCACACAGAAGUUAGAAUAAUCUUGUACAGGAUGAUGAACAGUACCACACGGGAAGGUAAUGCUCUCAAUUUUUUACCUAAAUGGCCGCACUUAAGAAUUUCGUUGGCAAACCCGAAAGUUAGAACCAGAACAGCGCUACAGGAGAGUUCAGUUGAGUCAAUUUUAUUUAAAUGGUUACAUUUCCUUGACUUACUCAAAAGCUUCAACCACCGUUCACAGCGCAUUAAACAGCACAACGGUAAAGCUAUACUUACUAAGGGUGAAUUCAAGUGAUCUUCUUCCAGAAUAAGAAUACGCAAAAGUUUUGUCACAAAUAUCUUGUGCUGUAAUUUUUGGACAACUUAGACGCUACGUCGCAAUACAAUAAACGCCAAAAUAAGUGAUUUCUAUUUAUUUAAUUUAUCUAAUUAUUUCUUUUUUAAUAAGUGAUUUUCGAUAUAAUCUUGUUCCGGAAUACGAUCAAUCAAACACGCCCUAAAUCUUUUGAGUGGUCGAAAAAUUUAUCCUUAGAACUGAACAAUGGGAAUGAAAUCAAAAAAGCAAUCAUGGGAGUGAAAGGGCUUAAAAUAAGUGGGCUUCUUAGUAAUCAAAAGAUUUAAUGUAAAUUCAUGAUAUUUUCUUGAGUCACGAAUGUACAUCCAGGUUCGUUUAGGCCUUCAGGGCAGACUGCCAUGUUUAGUACCUCUAAGAAAUGCAAGGUAUUUCGAUCAGCUGCAGCGAAUUGUUUAUCGUUAAGUCGAAAAUAGAUUUUUUGGGCCAAAAAGUUUAACAUUUCUACACUUGUACCUCAGGAAACCAUUAAAAUCUGGCGCGCUUAGUUCUCUGGAGAACUCACUCGACAGCUUCCUAUCCAGUGAGAGGACAUUUUUUGUGGGUUCAUUGAAGGUUUAUAUUUAAUUCUACCUGAAAUUUUAGUCAACAGAACUUUAAUUCCCGUGAAAAGAUGCCUCACUGGUGCGCAUUUAAGGGCAGUAUCACCAAAAUUGAAUACAAAGUAGACCGCAAUUUGAAAAAAUGUAUUGGAAAAUUUUCCUUUGCUCCCAACUGAAGAAUUGAAUAGAUGUGUUUCUUCUUUUUUCAAUGGCCAUUUUGAAAAUCAGCGAAAGUACCGUUAUAAUUGUAGGCUAUUUCGCAAAAAACUUUGAACGUUUGUGAUACUGCCCUUUAAUUUGACUGCAAAUGCGUUGUAUAUCAUAAUACGGAUAGAGUAUCUCAAGUGAAGUGUAAUUGUUUGCAAGGAACGCUUAUACGUAAUCAGAUAUAUAUAUUUUACCGGCUUUUAUACCUCCAUUUCAUUAGUUCAUAACAAGCUUUUGAAAGAUUAAACUGAUACUUUUAACUAAUCUAAUUUGUUUUAUAAUGGUUGACUUUACUAUAAAAAGCUGCGACAUUAUCCUUGUAAACAAUACGCCUUCCCUGUCAUAAACGUAUGACAGGGAAAUGGAAGAUCGAGAGGUUUUAUUGGGUUCCCCCAAACUCAUCAGAUUAAAUCACGCAAAGACUAUUUACCAGACC